AUGUCACGCUCGGAGUCUUCGAGUCCUAUCAAUUCGGACGUCAGUAUUGACAUCAAUGAUGACGACGAAGACAUGUCUCGGUCACCAAAACGAGAACCACUUUCAUCGCCUCUCAUGCAUCCGAACGGAUCAAUGAAUUGUAGUAAACCAUCAAAACUGUCAUUCAGUAUAAGCCGUCUUUUGGGAGCCAAUAGUGACUCUAAUAAACACAAUGAAAGCGGCACUACAUCUGAAGGGGAACAUGAUUUGUCUGAAUGUAUUGCUACAGAUUCUGGUGUCAAAUCUUCAUCGAUAUCAUACCCGCCGUCUCCCCCAUCCCUCUCACCAAACAAUAAAUACAGUCUUUCAACACAUCGGAUGUCAAUGAGUCCAAUGAGUCCAUACGAAACAGCGUUAACUCAUUUGUCGGGAUCUCAUUACCAAUGGUUUAAUUCAACUCCUAAUGCACUCAUCAGAGAUGGUCUCCAGAAACUACUCGAACCCCCAAAGUUGCCUCCAGUCAAGUGUCAACUAAGAAGACAUAAGUCUAACCGUAAGCCUCGGACACCAUUCACUACACAACAACUGCUGGCACUCGAGAGGAAGUUUAGGUCAAAACAGUACCUCUCGAUCGCCGAAAGAGCAGAGUUUUCGAGUUCGCUUAACUUAACGGAAACUCAGGUGAAGAUCUGGUUUCAGAACAGAAGAGCCAAAGAGAAGAGACUAAAAGAGGCCGAACUCGAGAAGAUGCGAAUGGCUUCGCGACCGCUAUUA